UACUGCGUAGGCGCAGUUAGACUGUUGCUCGGCGAAGGAGUCAAGUAACACAUCACAAAGUUGGAGUGAGAAGAAAAAGCGAAGUUUUAUGACGGAAUAAAGCUCAAAAUGGGUGGAUCUCAUUCACAGUUCACCGAAGAAGAACUAAAAGAAUAUCAGGAACUCACAUUCUUCACCCAGAAAGAGAUUUUACACUGCCACAAGCGAUUUAACAGUUUGGAUCCAGAUGCUGUUAGGGAGGAUAGAAAUGCAAAGUUACCAAUGCGAAAGAUCAUGAACCUAGAUGAGCUCAAGGUCAAUCCAUUUCGAGACAGAAUAUGCAAAGUAUUUUCAACUUCAAGGGAUGGUGAUAUGACAUUUGAAGAUUUCUUAGACAUGAUGUCUACUUUCAGUGAAUCUGCUCCAAAAAGUUACAAAGUUGAAUAUGCAUUCAGAAUUUAUGAUUUCAAUGAAGAUGACUAUAUAGAUGAAAUGGAUUUGAAAAUUGUUAUCAGACGCUUGUGUGGGGAGCAAAAACUCUCAGAUGAUAGCAUCAACACAAUCAUAAGAAAGACAAUGGAAGAAGCAGACCUUGAUGAUGACAACAAGCUCUCAUUUCCAGAGUUUGAACAUGUUAUCUCCAAAGCUCCUGAUUUUAUGAACUCUUUCAGGAUCCGAAUGUAAAUAGCUGAAGAGACAAAGCUCCAUAUCCGAAUUUGACAGAAUGACAUAUAACUUUGUAAAGCAUGUACAUUUGCUAUGAAGAGCACCCAAUAGACUUUUGAUUUAGAUUUGCAUCAAAUGUAAAAUUUGUAAGCGUUGAGUGUAUGGUAACAGAGGCAUCCUUUGAAUUACUAUGUAUAAAGAAGUAAAGGAAUGUGCUAUAGC